AUGAGUCUCACCCAAUACCAGCUUCACCCAAUACCAGCUUCACCCAACAUCAGCCUCACCCAUCAUCAGCUUCACCCAACAUCAGCCUCACCCAACAUUCAUUUUAAAUAUCAUCAGCCUCACCCAACAUCAGCCUCACCCAACAUCAGUCUCACCCAACAUCAGCCUCACCCAACAUUAGCCUCACCCAACAUCAGCCUCACCCAACAUCAGUCUCACCCAACAUCAGUCUCACCCAACAUCAGCCUCACCCAACAUCAGUCUCACCCAACAUCAGCCUCACCCAACAUCAGUCUCACCCAACAUCAGUCUCACCCAACAUCAGCCUCACCCAACAUCAGCCUCACCCAACAUCAGCCUCACCCAACAUCAGCCUCACCCAACAUCAGCCUCACCCAACAUCAGCCUCACUCAUCAUCAGCUUCACCCAACAUCAGUCUAACCAUCGUCAGCUUUCCCCAAUGUGCAAUUUAA